GUCGCCGAAUUUCCCAGUUGCACCCAUCUCUCUGCUCCUUCAAACGCGUGGGGGACGAUCAUGUAGCGGGUUGAAAGAGCGGUGUCGUGUCGUGCCGUGUGCUGCGCGCGCAAGAGGGCCAUCUGCGGCCCUGGUUCGCCGCCACCACCCUCCUCGAUGCUUCUUCUGCAGCCGAAAUGCACAUUUGGUUCCACAGAGCGUGGGUGAUGAUUACGCCGGCUGAUGGCUAGGCCAAGGCCCCCGGUCGCCCUCUGUGCUCAUAAGCAAGCAGCCUCUGCACAGUUGUGCGGAACUGUCCCCAGGUUCCUCGCUCUCUUGCGUACACAGUCCUUGGACCCAGCAAUCGAUCAUUCAUGUCUGGUACGCCCGAGCCAGUUGCCACCCCGGAUCCUCAGCCCGUCGACGAAAGCGAGCCCGUUCCAACUCCUGACACCAUCAUUGACCCUCUAGGGCGAUACCUCACUGUCGAAGAGUUGUCUGAAAGGGCACAGUCAGAGCUGGACAGGGCCUUGGAUUCUGUCUCCAUCCCCAGCGCCGUUUCGCGUGCCUUCCAACGCACGGGGUGCUGGACAAGGUACUCGUACUACCUUGCAACUACUCCCAUCGAGGAAUCCGUGUCCCAGCUAUCGCCGGAAGCUCUGCAAGACGUCGUCGCCGAGGGGUCCGAAGUCCAACCCCUCUUCCUUCGCUCUGAUCGUGGCCCUAAGCGCUGCAGACUGCUUCCAUCCAACGACAUCAACUUGCCCACUUCGCCAGAGUCGGUUUCCCCCGAUCCGAAUCCCCGUCUGCCAAAACGCACACGCCUCGAAGGCAUGCAACGGAGCCCUAGUCUAGAACUAGACGAAACAGAGCUCCUUGAGUCGCAAUUCGAAAGCACCGACGUCAUCAUGCAAUCACUGGAAAGAGACCCUCCGGAAGCACUUGCUCGAGGAGGGACGAGCCAACCGGAAACUGACCUCGCUCACGAAGGGCCGACUUGGUUCGAAAUUAACCAACCCUCUGAACGCAGGUCGCCGAAAUCCAAGCAUCUCCCGCGCGUCUUCCCGUUCUACAUGUGUACUGCAAUCGCCAAGGGGCCCGACAAGGCUAUCGUCGCGGCGUUCUUCAAACCGCAUAGAGAUUUAUAUCAAUUGGUUUUGGACAUCAACGGAACAGAGGUGCAACACGUCGCCCAGGAGCUGUUCGGCGUCCACGUUCGGGGCAUCCACGGAGGGCGAUACAUCACCCUGGACCAUGGUCCAUCGAUGGACAUCAACGUUACCACGACGCUCAAGGGGUCUCCAGACGUGGCUUGGGAGAAGCUGUUCGGGGAAACAGUAACCACAGCAAUCCGGCAGAGCCAACAGCGCAAGAACGAGCUUUCGGCGGGUGUUGUUCUCUCGCAGUGUGUCUCCAUGGAAAUCUGGCGCGAUAUUGAUUAUCCGUGUCAGGUCACUCUUACAGUGGACGAGGAGUGUCUUGUCUCGGUAGUGCGACAGCUUUGGGAGACCUAGAUCCAUGUAGCUACGCCAGAUCUUCCUGAUCUCUCCUCCACUCACAUUGGCUACUGUUGAUGGACAAGCAACAUGAGAGAUAUAGCUAGAGAUCUACCAAGGAUGGUGGAAAUGGUCGCUUUUCCUUAGCCAAGCAAAUUAAAAGCUACCCAGCCUUCUUCUGGCGGCCAUUGCCCACUGUCUCUCAUUCGCGUCCACGUCUUGUCGCCAGGCUCUUGUAGUAGGCAUGGAUGUCUC